GAAUGCCACAUUAUUUCCUGUUUAAAGGAUAUCGUCAGUACAAGCCAAAGGCAGUUUGAUGUAUUUUAUGUUAAGGUAUUUCCCUAGCACUCUGCGCGAAACUUGUUUCCUGACCAAUGACACAAUAGGAAGUUUUCCAGCAAUGUUUUGGGAAUAUUUCGACGUGGCUCAACGACUCGGAAAUUCAGCGGGCUAUACGAGCGAGUGAGAGACAUGGACAACUCUGUCACCUUGUGGCAGUUCCUUCUCCAGCUCCUAUUGGAUUCCAGUAAUGAGCAGCUAAUCUGCUGGACCAAUGAAGAAGGGGAAUUUAAACUGCUGCAGGCAGAGGAAGUGGCCCGACUGUGGGGAGCCCGCAAGAACAAGCCCAAUAUGAACUAUGACAAACUCAGCAGGGCUCUCAGAUACUACUACGACAAGAACAUCAUAAAGAAGGUGAAUGGUCAGAAGUUUGUCUAUCGCUUUGUGUCCUAUCCUGACAUCCUAAAAGGAGAUGUUGCUACCCGAACACAGGGCGGGGAUGUAGGUGCUGGGGGCAUCCCACACCUAUCAAAGAGGGUAGACAGUACCGCACAGGAGGGUGAGUCUGGUGACCGCAGUAGCACAGCAGCUCUGGGCUCCAGCUCCAAGCCAUCAAACCGCAACGACUACAUCCACUCUGGCCUGUACACCUCUUUUACUCUCAACUCACUGCAAAAUGGACGCCAGCUCUUUAAGUCCAUCAAAAUUGAGAACCCAGCAGAGAAGAUGGCUGACAAGAGAGGUCUCACUGCUGCACCCCAGAGCCAGGAGCAGUUGCAGCAGCCACAGCAGCCAACUGCUUUGCCAUCUGUCAUCAAGUUUGGAAACACCCCUCCAAAGCCAGCACCACCAGCGUCUAUUGAAGUGGUCAUAGAGCCGGAACUGAUGUCCAACCCCUUGGAUUCUUUGCAUGCUCCAACCUUGAGGACGGAAGAUGUUCACUCCUCCCUGCCGUCCCAGUCCGUCUACCCAUUUGAAAACAUCCGCCCAUCUGAGCCAACGUUUGGCCUACCAGACCUGAUCUCAGCCAGUCCGUCCCCAAGCCUAGUGCCUGACUCCUCCCAGGAGCUGGUGAUUGACAGCGAUAUAGAGUCUGGAUCUUCUCAGCCCACAGAUGCUCAGGCACCAGAACUCACAGAUGCACAGGAGAAGGUGGACAGUGCCAUGGGUUUGUCUGGAGACGAGACCAGUCUGGUAGACGCUGAAACCAGUUCAUCCUCGCUUAGCAGCAGCACCACAGUCAGCACUCUGAGCUCAGGAAAGACACGCAAGCCACCGAAAAUUCUGCAGAUCAGCCCACCGGCUCUGCUGGUCACCACCUCUGACUUCUCCCCCAUGAACCUUUGCAGCCCAUCUCUACCUACUGCCUCUCUCACACCAGCAAUGCUACAGACUCCCACUCUGUUGCUGACUCCCAGUCCUCUGCUGUCCAACAUCCACUUCUGGAGCACGCUCAGUCCAGUCGCCCCCCUCAGCCCAGCCACACGACGCCAGGGAGCCCACCUGUUCCAGUUUCCAUCAGUCCUCACCCCUCAGUUCCAGAUCCCUGUCCAUAGUAUGGAUGGGACCAACACACCCGGCCCCAUUUCCCCAGACCCUCAGAAGACAUAGGAUUAACCCCAACAGUAUCACCGCAUUUGGACCCAGACACCCUCCCCCCUCCUGCUCCAUCUCUUGCUCCCACAUCUAGGACAGUGAUGCAGGAGCUCUGUCAUUGCUGUUCCUCAUCACUGCGGUGCUUUAAAGUUCACUGCCACAGAACUCACACUACAGUCAGACGUGUGGAGGGAGAGUCUGGACAGGUGCUGGCCGUCCAGGUUUGAUGGAUGACCGUAACACACUGAGUUUGUUUCAGAAUAUUUACACCCUGAGGAUGCUAUCUUGUACUCAUACACACUGAUGCCAUUGUUUCUAAUGCACUUCUGGAUUCAUUUGGUCUGGCUUCUUGGGAUUCUCAGUCACAACAGUUGCAAGGAGGGAGGAGUUUCCAUGGCAACAGUUGGUGCAUGUGGAUUGGACCUUCAGCAGCGACAAUCUUCUUCAUACUUGGAGACACAGACUGUUGGAAUUACAGAUAACUGAAUCUUUACUUUUGUAGAAUUUCCUUCUUAACUUGUGGGACAGUAAAACUGCCAAAAACACACGUUAUGUUCUCAGUUGCUAAUGUGUUUCCUCCUCUGCUGACUAUGCUUCUGUUCUUUGUUGUGCUCUGUCCUUAACUUUUACCCUUGUUGAAGGGUAGUGCUUUAACCUGAUAAUGUGCAUGUUUACCUGCAGCUCUUUUAUCUUGUUCCCAGCUCUCAGCCUCGCUUCACCUGCCUGAGUGUGUACCAUUACUGCUCUGAAAGGUUGGCUAACUAAAGCCAUAUCCAUCAUGACUUUUACCUUGACGUUCUUAUCGUGACAUGUGGCCAUAAUCUGAGCUGAACCUUUAACCAUGCCUCUACGUAACUGUUCCUGUGUGUGUGUGUGUGUGUGUGUGUGUGUGUGUGUGUGUGUGUGUGUGUGUGUGUGUCUGUGUCUGUGUGUGUCUGUGUGUGUCUGUGUCUGUGUGUGUAUGUCUGUCUGUCUAUCUGUCUGUCUGUCUGUCUGUGUCUGUGUAAUACAAAAUCCCUGGAAGCCAGUGUGGCCUGGUCUGGUUCCAGCAAGUAAGCAUUCAGGUGGGAAUGAAAGAAAUAGAAGCCAUAACCCUUUUUGUGCAUCAGCUCUGCAAGCUGCAACGCAUAGAUCCUGUAUUUGUUACUGUUGUGAUGGCACCUUUUUAAAUUAACUCUGCAUUGUUAAAGGUGGUCAUCAUGUUAGGGAUUGACAUUUUGGAAAAUACACUUAAUUGCUUUCUUGCUGAGAGUUAAAGGGAUAGUUUGCUCCUAGUUUAGAGAAACAGGCUAGAGUACUGAAACAGAAGCUAAGCAGUGUACUGCUGUUGACGGGGAUGGCAACAAAAUGCAUUUAAACCACCUAAAGAAAAUUCCCACCUUAAACAGUCAGUAUCAGUUAAAGGGUUCCCAUGGUCAUGGAAAACCUGGAAAUGGCAUGAAAUUUCUCAAUCUCAUUUUCAAGGCCUGGAAAAGUCAUGGAAUUAGUAAAAAAUCAUUUAACGUUUGGAAAAAUUAUGGAAAUUUGUGGUGUAAUGACAUUAAUUCUUACAGUAUUCUUCUAUAGAAAACCUUCCACUGCUACUCUCCCAAGGCUGAACAAGUGUACAUUCUUAUGUUGCCGCAUUGCUUUUGUGAAACUUUGGUGUUUUAAGUGGUUCAUUCGUAUUCACCAAAGUUACACAAUAACACUAACUAACUAACUAACUGAUUGAAGCAGUAGACCAGCAGCUCCUGAGUUCAGUGAGCUAAAAUGUUUAUCUCAGUGGAGCCUGGUGGCUUUGGUGGGAGCCUAGAUCAGAUGGGAACUGAAGCCAUUAAUGGCUUCUGCAUCGGAAUCGGUUGUCUGACGGAAAGGUUAAGUGGUGAAAAUACUCACAAUGUAGUGUACACUUAAUCUUUUAUAGAUUUUUUUUUUUUUUAGGGUGGCUAAAAUAUGUUUUGCUGCAUACCCCAACCACAGCAGAACAUUGCUCAGCUACCCUUUCGGCACUCCUGCCACUUCUCUAAAACGAGGGCAUACUGACAGACAUCUAGUAUAGGUAAUGCAGAUUAUGAGUAAGUAACCCAUACAACCCCACUUCCAAAAAUAUGAAUUAUUCCCAUAAAUAAGAUCAAUGCCACUCUAAAUAUGUAGCUGGAUGCUAAUAAGCAGCUUAUUAGCUUAACUUAAACAGGGAAAUGGCUAGCCUGGCUCUGCCCAAAGGUCCCAUAAUCUGCCUACCAGCACCUUUAGUUCACCAGUUGACAUUAUUUAUUCUGUGUAAAACCAAAGCGUAAAAACAUUAGUUUACCAUUUAAAGUAGUGUUAUGAGAUAUACUGUUUCUUAGCUGGGAGCUUCCUGGAGUCUCAGAAAAUGCUUGCACAGUACAUUUCCACAAACCAUGACUAUGUUAUGUUGGCACGUUUCAUAAGUAUAUCAAUGUUUCUAAAGUGACGUAGUAUAUGAGCAGACUUUGUCAUCAGGAGAUGGAAAGGAUGGUGGAUGGCAUGUCAUGCCUACCAAGCUGCAGGCCACUGUUCAAGACCAACAUACAAUAAAACUGAUUGUGAUUAGCCAGUUAUUGCUGUGUUUCCAGCAACAUUUUAGUCCUCAGAUGUGGGUGUUUUUAGUGACCUGUCACUAUGUUUCUAGCGGGGAUAGUGCCAUGAAAAGCAGUUCCUUUUUACAGAAGAGAUAUUGCUGCUGUUCGCUUGCUGCCUGCUUGUGGCCAAGAAAUAGUUCCAGCACACCACAACUUGUUUUUACACGGUAACAUGUCAAUUAGUGAGCCUUGGAGGUGUUUUAAGAUGUAUUUUAUUGCCUUUGGACUGAGCCUGACUAGCCAUGUCUCUCUGUUUCUCUUGUGCCGGUUCCAGCUUCAUAUUUACGUGAGAGAAAUAACAGUUUUCUCAUAUAACUUCCAUAUAACUUCGGGUAUGUAUAUUUCCCAAAAUGUCAAACUAUUUCUUAAAGUAUAAUUUGAUCUAAAGCUGGACAGAAUAAUUCCUUAUGAAGCAGAAUCAAACCAGACCUUGAAGCCUUGAUUAUUGUCCACAGGUCAGCUCAGUUGUGUUUGUUAUAAACAAAUAGGUUCUGAUUGUUGUUGUUGCUUGCAGCGUCAGUGCAGUUCUUUGAUCUCAGACUCAACUUCCAAAUCUUAGUGACUAGACUCUGAACAGUCUAGUCUUAACCAUUGCCAAGCCUUAGCCAUGUGAAACCCAACAACCUUUAAUCCUGAGGACUGUAGAAAUCCUCUGGAACAUUGAAGCACCUUCCUCACCCUAAAACUCCCAAUCCUCCUCCAGAUGAUCAGCCAUGAAAGGUUUACACUUGUUUUUGUAAGUGACUUUGAAGCCAUAAGUCUGAGACACAGACUCAAGAGGUAGAGCCACAUUUCUAUGCUAAUAUAUGUGGAAAUUGUACAUCAUACUUGUUUACAUGAUACUUGGUUAGAACACGCUUAGGUGGUUCUUUACUUAAGUGUCCCUUUCUGACCCAGGGAUGGAUGACCAGCAAAUCUUGUGGUCUCAUGCUCAUUUUUACUCAACUAACAGACAGCCCCCUCAGCCUACAGUCUGUCACAUUGAUAUACGGUGCCUUACCACAGCCAAGCCCAAGUUUAGCUCCCACAUGUGGAUGGAGUUGUAUCAUUUAAAAGUUAGCAUAGAACUAAUGAAACACGACAGCGUUCCUGUUUGUUUUUAUGCCAUAUCUUUGCAUAGACCAAACCAGACCCCCAGAAGUUCCGAAUCAAACUUCACAGGGAUGUUUUGUGUGUGAAUACACUGCAGCUCAUGCAGUCUGCCCAAGAUUAUGUAUUGCAGGACCUUUAAUGUGCUGCAGUGUUCUCUGGGGUGUAUUCAUGUACAUACAGACAGCACAUGGGUUAUUAUUCAGAGCAUGUAAAUCUAAUGAGGCCAGUUGGCAGCCAUGUUUCUUCCCAACCUGCUUAUAAAUGUUUGUGUUAACAAAUUUACUCAAAGUAUAUGAAUAUAAAUAAAAAUUAAAAAAUAAUAAACAGGUUUCAUAUGUGUGUGUAUAUAUAUAUAUAUAUAUAUAUAUAUAUAUAUAU